ACCAAUCAGCAAUCCUCGGGCAAGUUCGGACUCUCCAUCCACGCAAAACCCUCCCACCCCUUUCCGAUCUCACCCGCCCAGCGUUCGGGAAAGGCACUUUGAAUCCGCUUGGCCUAGAUUCGACACUGACAGAACGAGUAUAUCAAGAAGCCCGUUCCCCCAUGGCUUCAGACUAUUCUACCCGUCUUGAAGCAGUUCAUCAAUACCGUCCUCACUCUCCCUCUCCAGCCACCGGAACUGCACGAUCCAACCUUGCAAAAGUACAACUCAGGAAUUUCUCUGUCAAAAUGGUCACUCAUUCGGUCAACAAGACCGCCUUGCACCCAGGUGGUGUUGAGCCAUCUCGCGAACACACCGAGCUCGAAGAAGAACUCCAUACCACGGCACACAUCGACUAUGACCGCGUAGCUAUCGUCGCCAACCCAUCAGUUUCUGCUCUCUAUGAAGAUGCUCUCGUCUAUGAGACCGGCUCAGCAAUCACUUCAUCUGGUGCCCUGACUGCCUACUCUGGCUCCAAGACUGGCCGUUCGCCUUUGGACAAGCGAGUCGUCAAGGAGGAAUCAUCAGAGAAAGAUGUUUGGUGGGGACCCGUCAACAAGCCCAUGUCGCCCGAGGUAAGCAACAGUCCACUUCACAAUGUCUUGCCAUACCACCCCUUUUGAUUAUAUCGCCUGGGCAUGUGUCCCUUGACCUGUCGACUCUCAUGACAUGGGAGCACAUGCUCCGGUCUUCUGGGUCGAGAUUUGUGUAACUUGUGGAAUGGGAGCUAUUCCCCGCCAUGCAGAUGAUGCACUCUCUCGCUUGGGCAGACUCGGACAGCAGGAUCAUGGAAGAGCUGGACGCCUCCAAUCGCCUCCAAUCCACACUUGCCCCGCGUUGCCCGCAUACAACCAUGACGCAAAUGCUUGUGGCUGCCGCGGUUGGUGAAUCCUUGGCACCGGGACUCUACGGGGCAGGGGCUCCACUUGUCACGAGACUUUCACGUCUUCCCCUCCCCACUACCAACGUGGUCAUUGCUGUUCAUUUCCUAUUUUCGCCCUGAAAGACCCGUACUCACGUUUCACGUCAUCUAGGUGUGGAAAAUCAACCGAGAGCGUGCAGUCGACUACCUGAACACCCGAAAUCGAAUCUAUGUCAUCGAUGGCUACGCCGGCUGGGAUGACCGCUACCGGAUCAGCGUCCGAGUCGUCUGCGCUCGUGCCUACCAUGCCCUCUUCAUGCGGAACAUGUUGAUCCGUCCUACUCGAGAAGAACUCAAGACCUUCCACCCCGACUAUGUCAUCUACAAUGCAGGCUCCUUCCCCGCCAACCGAUACACCACCGGCAUGACCAGCGCCACCAGCGUUGCCAUCAACUUUGCCGAGAAAGAGAUGGUUAUCCUGGGUACCGAGUACGCCGGAGAAAUGAAGAAGGGUGUUUUCACAGUCCUCUUCUACGAGAUGCCUGUCAAGCACAACGUCUUGACCCUCCACUCCUCCGCCAACGAGGGCCAGAACGGUGAUGUGACCGUCUUCUUCGGUCUCUCGGGCACUGGCAAGACCACUCUCUCUGCCGACCCCAAGCGAAAGCUGAUCGGUGACGACGAGCACUGCUGGUCUGACAAGGGUGUCUUCAACAUCGAGGGUGGCUGCUAUGCCAAGUGCAUUGGUCUGUCCGCCGAGAAGGAGCCUGAUAUCUUCGGCGCCGUCCGAUUCGGCUCAGUCCUGGAGAAUGUCGUUUUCGACCCCGAGACCCGUGAUGUCGACUAUGAUGAUGCCACCUUGACCGAGAACACUCGUUGCGCAUACCCCAUCGAAUACAUUGGCAACGCCAAGAUUCCCUGCAUCAGCGACAACCACCCAUCCAACAUCAUCCUCCUGACUUGUGAUGCUCGUGGUGUUCUGCCACCCAUCUCCAAGCUCAACACAGCACAAACCAUGUUCCACUUCAUCUCAGGCUACACCUCCAAGAUGGCCGGUACUGAGGAUGGUGUGACCGAACCUCAAGCCACCUUCUCAUCAUGCUUUGCCCAACCCUUCCUGGCUCUGCACCCCAUGCGAUAUGCCAAGAUGCUGGCUGACAAGAUCUCUCAACACAAUGCUAACGCCUGGCUGCUGAACACUGGUUGGGUCGGUGCCGGCGCCAGCACUGGAGGCAAGCGAUGCCCCUUGAAGUACACUCGUGCCAUCUUGGACGCCAUCCACUCUGGAGAGUUGGCCAAGGCUGAGUACGAAGUGUAUGACGUUUUCAACCUGAGCGUGCCCAAGUCGUGCCCCAACGUUCCUGAUGAGCUCCUCAACCCCAAGAAGAGCUGGACCGGAUCGGCCGACUUUAACGAGGAAGUUACCAAGCUGGGAGGCCUGUUCAACGAGAACUUCAAGAAGUACGCCGACGAGGCUACUGAAGAAGUGAUCAAGGCCGGCCCUGUUGUUUAGGCAAGCAGUGAUUUGGACAUCAACGCUGAGCGUAGCGAACCCGUUUUCUCGACCCAGCCGGGCUUUUUGGCCAGAUUGGAUUUUGUGUCAUGUACAGAAUUGCAUUGAUAUGGCGUUGGAAAGAAGGAUAUACGCGGUCGAUUGUUUCUGAUCCUUGGUUUCAAGUGACAGAAAAAUCCACAAUACGAACGCGAGACGCGAGAGGCAUCACGAAGCAACGAACGGACAACCGAUGAUGGCCAGACACGAGUGUUUUGUCGUAAAGACUCACAGUCUCUUGGCCUCUCUAUUACAUGCCUGCAAUAUUAGGAUACGAUAGUGGGAAGAAUUUCCAUAGUGUGUUGAGAAGAAUGAAUGUGCCAUGUCACACAAUCUACAAGUUCAA